GUUGCUAGGCUAACAGCUAACGGCUACCGGCUAAAGGGCUUCUGGCGGCGCGGUCUCCGAGCCGUGGUCGACAUGGAGUGUUUUCGGGACGGAGUGAGUUCGGCGCUGCGGCAGCUGGCCCGGGCGGUGCUGGCAGCGGUCCGGACCGGUUCCCCAAAGAGCUCUUUACAGGAGCUCAGCCCGGAAGCGGAGCAGGAGGUCUGUGCUGUGGUGGACUCGUUGGUUCUGGAUGCUGUGGAGAAGAUCCUGAAGAUGCUGGGAGAGUGGCUGGUUCCACUGCGUGCCACGCCGACAGCAGCAGAACCGGAUCCUGCAGAACCGGAUCCACCGUGUCUCAGGCCGGCAGCCGCAGAACCGGAUCCACCGGGUCUAAGGCCGACAGCAGCAGAACCGGUUCCACCAGGUGCCAGGCCGACAGCUGAAGGUGUCGGUGAAGAAGCUCGGCUCCGCUCAGAACACAUCCUGGUCUUACUUCAUCAGGCUGCUGCUGUGGAUCCGGGCUGCUGGCUGCUGGAGCUGAGGAGGGACGCCGCUGAUGAUGAGGACAGACGGCGCUCCCCGCCCGCCACAGAGGAGGCAGUCCCCGCCUCGCCCGCCCCUCCCCCCCUGGUUGAUGACCACGAGUACGCCCGCCCGCCUGGGGGCCACGCCGCGCCAAAGGGGGGCGUGGCCAGGAUAACGGCACCGGCGGCUCCUCCCGUCCGGUGCUCGCAGUGCUCCAUGCUGUUCCCCGACGCCGAGCGGCUGGCCGACCACCGGAGGCGGCGCCACCCGUCCUGCUCCGCCUGCGGCGCCGUGUUCCCCGCCGUCCCCCAGCUGCGCCGGCACCAGGCCUCUCAGCACGGCCUGCUGCCGUUCGCCUGCGAUUUCUGUCCAAAGACGUUCGACCACCGGACGCACCGCGACCUGCACGUGAAGGCGCGGCACACCGGCGAGAAGACCAGCCGCUGCGACAUCUGCGGCAAGGGCUACGCCUGCGGCGGCGCGCUCAGGGCGCACCGCGCCACGCACUUCCUCAAGGCCUUCGUCUGCGACGUGUGCGGGAAAGCCUUCCACCACGCCUGCCACCUGACGCGCCACCAGCUGCUGCACCGCGGCGAGCGCCCGCACCGCUGCGCCGCCUGCGGCAAGACCUUCCGACAGGCCGCGCACCUGCGCAGCCACCAGGACACGCACUCCAGGGACAAGCAGCUGUGCUCCGUCUGCGGCAAGAGCGUCCGCCGCCUGGACAGCCACAUCCUCCACAGACACUCGACAGACCGACCGCUGAACGGUAGACCGACCGGGACAGACCGACCGCUGAACGGUAGACCGACCGGGACAGACUGACCGCUGAUCGGUAGACCAGGACAGACCGACUGCUGACCGGUAGACCGACCGGGACAGACCGACCGCUGAACGGUAGACCGACCGGGACAGACCGACCGCUGAACGGUAGACCGACCGGGACAGACCGACCGCUGACCGGUAGACGGACCGGUACAGACUGACUGCUGACCGGUAGACUGACCGGUAGACCGACCGGAACAGGUUGACCGGUGGACCAACCAGGACAGACCGACCACUGGCCGAUAGACUGACCGGUAGACCGACCGCUGACUGGUAGACGGACCGGUACAGACUGACUGCUGACCAGUAGACCGACCGCUGACUGGUAGACGGACCGGUACAGACUGACCGCUGACCGGUAGACCGACCGCUGACUGGUAGACGGACCGGUACCGACCGCUGACUGGUAGACGGACCGGUACAGACUGACCGCUGACCGGUAGACCGACCGCUGACUGGUAGACGGACCGGUACAGACUGACUGCUGACCAGUAGAUUGACCGGUACAGACCGACCGCUGACAGGUAUAGACUGACGGGUCCAGAGGGGGCGGGGCUUCAGUUUUUCAGUAAAGAGCCUGAUUGUGUUUUCGUGUUGCAGCUGCUGAAUAAUCCCAACUAAUCUGCAGGUUCAUCAUUAAUAAAGUCAUCCAGAGGGGCACAACAAGCUAAUCUGUUCCAGAGUAAUCUGAUUACAUGUGUAAUCUCAGUUUAAACUGCUCAUCAGGGGCGCGCACACACACACACACACACACACACUGACUGCUGUGCUCAGCUGGUAAACACCAACCAGACAGAUUGACGCUGCAGUAAAUCCAGUUGUUUACAAGAGUACCGGUGAUUUAUG